AUGUUUGUGCCAAAUAGAUUGAACGCAAAUAUCGGCGACCAAUCAAGUCUGGAGGAGCCAUGUUCCUCCAUUGGCGAGUUCGAUACAGGAUUCAAACAAUUUAAUCCUGAGGACAAGAAUAAUCCUAUUAUCACCUUGACAGUCAACUCUCUUGAUCCGCAAUGGUUCUUUUGCAAACAGACUCAACCAUCAUCUCACUGUCAUGCUGGAACGGUGUUUGCACUCAACCCAGGUGAUAAGAUGGGAACUUUCCUUCAGAAUGCAAGGAGAGCUACCAGUGACCCAGUUUCUAGCAUCUUGUCUGGGCCUGUUCUGGGGCUUAUUGCAAGCUCUGCAAGUCCAUUUCUUAGUGUUUCCAGCCCUGCCGCCACUUCCGCUGCUACUCCUGCUUCCUCUUCUGCUUCCUCUUCUGCUUCCUCUUCUGCUUCCUCUUCUGCUUCCUCUUCUGUUGCUUCUUCCUCUUCAUUAUUUAGCCGGAUUCCUGACAAUGUUUCUGGCAAUAUAAUUGCCCUGAGCUCUACCCACAUUUCUUUGAUGGUGAGUCCAGUAACAGUGAUAACUGUAACCCAAAUGGUUAGCUGCACUGGGACUACUGAUCCAGCAUCGGUUAGACGUUCAACCUCCAUGUCUAAUCUCACAUCAGAAGGAGAUUGGUCAACAGUUGCUCCCCUUGGUGUAAGCUUGUUUACUUUACUUGCUAUGGUUAUGCUGUUAUAGAUUACCAGCAAGCCCCUUCACUUCCCACAAUGCUUCUGUUCUAAAUCUAUCAUUUGGUGGACUUGAUUAAUUUUGAAUCUGAUUUUCCCUGUUUAAUAGUCUUUCUCCCUAGUCAAUCAAAACAGAUCGG